GUCACCGUUCAAGUUGUUGCCAAUGGCGGAUGCAAAAUGUCGAACCCCGGCAGUUUUGUCAGGCCUUUCGUCAGCUUUGACGCUGCAGGGGAUUGCUUUGUAGACACUGAGGAGAUUGGUCCCGACAACCAGCGCCUAUACUUGGACACAAACGUGGUUUCAAAAGUCUUGACAGAAAGAGGAAACCGCCAAAUCUUGCAAGAAUUUGCCUGGAGAGCUGCAGACCGUCUCCAAGUCUUUAUCCCUCCCACAGUUGUCUGGGAGUUCUCAAGGACACCAGGAUUUCCCUGGGGGAUUCCGGACGACUUCAUCCCUGCUGUGGAGGGAUACGACGAGCAAGUGGUGGAUUCUGUUGUGGAAGACCUUUUUGCCAAGGUUGACGCUGUCGAAGAGAAUUUUGAGGAUUGGACUACAAACAUGAUGGAGCACAGUUCUUGGUUCGAAACGAGGCGUGCAGAGCAGGUUGUCUUCGUUACUCGCGCAUUAAAAAGGAAGCAGGAAGAAGGUGAGCUGCCACCUGAGAGGCGUGCCAAAAUCCCCAAGGUGCACUUUGUGUGCGAUGCUGCGGCUGUAGACUUCAUGCAGAACGCCGCUCCAGACAGUGCAGCCGGUCAGUUGUACCAAGAUCAUCAGACCUAUGCGGCCUACUCCAGCGUGAAAACCCGGCUAAAGUGCUGGCCAGCUCCCGGAAUCGUCUCACGGGAUGAGGAGCUGAUCAAGGAGAUCAAUAGCCUCCCCACAGGACCCCAGCUUAUGUCCUCUCUACAAACCUUCCUGACUGCGUGCGAACAUGUACCGGAACUGGUGAAGAAGCACCGUGUAUUCGUCACCGGGGACAGGGCCUUUUUUGCAUUGCUGCAAGGAAAAGGGACGAAGGAAAAGUUAGAUGACAUGAUCAACAGGGCGGGUGGUGGCUGCGCUGUGAAGUACAUCUGCUUUGUCCCCAAUAUGCCACGAGUUUGGGAGCUGCCUCUGCUCCAGGAUCCCUCGUCUUUUGGCGUCUUGGAAGGCUCCAACCUGCAGGCAGCCCCAGAAGCGCUCAACGAGGCCGGCAACGGCGUCCGGGGCAGCCAGACCAACCCCCAGGAGCGAGCGGGCAUCCAGGAAGCGAACAUUGACCAAGCAAAGCUCGCCGAUGAUCCAAAAAAAAAGACCAGCCUCGGCAGCGCUCAACCAGGCGGGCAAGGGCGUCCGGGGCAGCCAGCCCAAGCACCAGGAGGAGCAGGCUAG